AUGUGGUUUAAUGGUACAUUGAGUGUGGUUCUAAGAAUGAUGCUUUCCUUCUACUAUAAAAGGAAGCAACAUUCAGAGAACAAGGCACCACAAACAUACAUAUUGAGAGCAGACUACUGUAUUCGUGCUGCCGCCAUCGUUGCCAAUUUGCCAUCUCCUUCCAUUCGUCGCGCCUUGUUCAUCUUCCUCAAGUUCUCAUCUCUUCCUCAAGUUCUCAAGUUCUCCUUCCAUCGUUGCCAAGUUGUUUGUAUAGAUUAUCCUAGGCCAGAGCUUGAAAGUACAUCCAAUUUCUUGGAAGCCGCCUACUUAUCUUCUACUUUUCGGAAUUCGCCUCGUCCUCAGAAGCCAUUAGAAGUUGUAAUUGCCGGAGCAGAAGAGCAAGCAGCUACAAACAACAUGAAUGCGCCAUUGUCCGAAUGUAAAAAAAGAAAAUGGACUUCUCCUGUUUGGAAGGAUUAUGAUUGUUUUGAUGGUCACAUGUUUGAGGACAAUAUUCCAAGAGCUCUUUGUAAAUAUUGCAAACAAGGUCCUAUUCUUGCUCAUUCUACUAAUGGAACCACAAAUUUUAAGCGUCAUAGUGAGUCUUGCUUUGCACGAGCUACUUUUGAAAUUAACAAACAAAAAAAGGGUAAGAAAGACAAGGGUGAUCUAAAACAUUUUGACCCUUCCAUGUAUAAGCAAUUAGUGGCUAGGGCAAUUAUAAGACAUGGUUAUUCCUUUACAUUUGUUGAAGAUGCUGAAAAUCGAGCUAUACAUAGCUUCUUAAAUGAAGAUUGUAAAUUUAUUUGUCGAAAAACCGCUAAGAAGUAUUGCUUAGAAGUCCAUAAAAAUGAAAAACUUAAGUUGAAGAAACAAAUGAGCAUUGGGGUGUCUUCAAAAGUUGAAGAAAAACUUACCAUAUAAAAAUAAAGAAAAAAAAUUUAAAACACACAAAUUUUAUUUACUCAAAUCAAACAUACAUUAAAUUGAUCAAAUAAAAACAAAAGUAAUGCAUUACAAAAAAAUUAACAAUUUGAAAAAUAAAAAAAUAUAUAUAUAUUUAGAGGAUUAAUCACAGAAAAAUUAAAACCAACAAAAAAUUAGAAGUCUUAAUUAGUAAUUAAAGUUCCUUUCUAGAGAAUGAGCCUUUUCCCAAAAGCCUUCACUAUCGGAAAUUGAAGUAACAAUAAGUAUAACCUCGCAUUCAUAAGGCACUAAAUUUUUAUUAGAGAUUUUAAUUUUUUUUAUUCAAUUUAAAAUUGAUUCAAAAUACAACUAGAAAUC